AGGCGAAAAAAGGAGAGAGAAGGCGACGAGCUCUCAUGGUCGUGGUCGCCUAGCCAAACCCAACCCAACCCAACCCAGCCUCGCCGAGGAGAGAGAAGAGUGAGGGAGGGAGGGAGGGAGGGAGAGAGAGAGAGAGGGAGAGGGCCGCUCCAUUUCGGCGACGCCAGCGUCUCCCCCAUGGCCGCGCUGCCGGGCGGGGCCCACGCCGCUGCGGCGGACCCGAUGCAGGUCGACCAGCCGCGCUCCGCGGCCGCCGCGGCGGCGGCGUCGGCUCCCGCUGGAGAAAAGCAUGGUGCUUCUCUUAUCGAAGGGAGCGAUCCAGUCACUGGCCACAUAAUCUCCACAACAAUCGGAGGGAAGAAUGGAGAACCUAAGAGGACCAUUAGCUACAUGGCUGAACGAGUUGUCGGAACUGGAUCGUUUGGAAUCGUCUUUCAGGCAAAAUGUUUGGAGACUGGUGAGACUGUUGCCAUUAAGAAGGUUUUACAGGACAAGCGUUACAAGAACAGGGAGUUGCAGAUAAUGCGAUCAAUGGAUCAUUGCAAUGUUGUCUCUUUGAAGCAUUGCUUCUUCUCAACCACAAGUAGAGAUGAACUUUUUCUCAACCUGGUCAUGGAGUUUGUUCCGGAGUCACUAUAUCGCGUAUUGAAGCAUUAUAGCAACAUGAACCAAAGGAUGCCACUUAUAUAUGUCAAAUUGUAUGUCUACCAGAUAUUCCGUGGUUUAGCUUACAUUCACACUGUACCUGGAGUUUGCCACAGGGAUGUGAAGCCUCAAAAUCUUUUGGUGGAUCCUCUUACUCACCAAGUCAAAAUAUGUGAUUUUGGGAGCGCAAAAAUGUUGGUUAGAGGUGAAGCAAACAUAUCAUAUAUAUGUUCCCGUUAUUACCGUGCUCCAGAACUGAUAUUUGGGGCAACCGAAUACACAACAUCAAUUGAUAUAUGGUCAGCUGGAUGUGUCCUUGCCGAAUUGCUCCUUGGCCAGCCACUGUUCCCUGGUGAAAGUGCGGUGGAUCAACUUGUUGAGAUUAUAAAGGUGCUUGGUACUCCAACACGUGAGGAAAUCCGCUGCAUGAAUCCCAACUACACAGAAUUCAGAUUUCCUCAGAUUAAAGCUCACCCAUGGCAUAAGAUUUUCCACAAGCGGAUGCCUCCAGAAGCAAUUGACCUUGCAUCGCGUCUUCUCCAGUAUUCACCAAAUCUACGAUGCACCGCCCUCGAAGCGUGUGCUCAUCCAUUCUUUGAUGAAUUGCGAGAACCCCAUGCAAGGUUGCCAAAUGGACGACCAUUCCCCCCACUGUUCAACUUUAAACAAGAACUAGUGAAUGCUUCACCAGAGCUCAUCAACAGGUUGAUACCAGAGCAUGCUCGGCGACAUUGUGGGUUCAAUUUCUUGCCUGCUGCUGGACCAUAGGAUGGCUGAAUGGUAUUUUUACUUUUCGAAGCCGAUGCUUGUUUGUGCCAAAGGGCAACUUGCAUGUUCUCACAUUUAAGGUGUAGAAUCUGACCAUUACUGGGAAGCUGAACAUGAGCUGGCGCAAUGUGUUGUAUGAGGGGGUGUGCUAGGCGCAGCCAGCCCAUGUUAUUUUAAUGCUUCUCCUCCAUUAUUAGGAGGCCAUGGUGGUCAGGAUUAGCCAAGGACUGUGGGGAUAGCUGGAGGGAAUGGGAUGGUGUAUUGUUAAGGUAUUGAAGGGAUCAGAUCCCAAGUACUGUACUACUUUCUCCCACGAUUAAUGUUGUAGUUCCCCUGUAAGUGUUUCGCAUGCCCUGUUGUCAAUGUAAUUGUGUAAAUGUUCCUAAUGGAAAAAUAUCUUUUGU